ACGUAAUUCAGCCUCGUAGUGAUCCAUUUCUCUAACAAACAUGGCGCCUCCCGGGUCUGACAACCUCGACUCGACAGACUUAAAUGAUCUUCCCGAAGAUAUUUGGAUGUUACGUCCCUGUGAGGUGUACCAAGAUGAAUACCAAGAAUGUAAAAGUAUGAAGGGCCGCUUCCAUCAGUAUUAUGUCUUUGGUCAAUAUAUUGAUUGCGACAAGUGGAAAGCCAACUAUGAAAACUGCCUCAAAUUUCGUCAUACACGAUCACUCGAAGCUGUGGAGAAACUGCUUGAAAAUGAAAAAGCCCGCCAUGAAGACCGAAUUAGAAAAGCUCAGAUGAACGACGUCUGGGAAUAUCGAAGCAGUCCUCCACCAGAUUGGGCCAAACCGUUACCAGAAUGGGAGAAACUACAUGAAAACAGUGUUCUUUCCAAUAUACAGGAAAACAAGACAAAAACAGCUUCUAUUAUAGACUCACCAACACAAAACUCUAUGUGUACCAUAAUUUAGUAAUAGUAUUUAUAUAAAUAUCCUGGAGUUGUUUCUACACAUCCAUCUGCCAAUUAAGCACAUGGCUACUAUCAUGUAAUUCUGGGCCUCCAGAAACUGGUUAUUGGUUUAGAAAUACAAUGCCGUCUCCUCUUAGCUUUCUGUAUUUUUGUACUCUUGUAAAUUUGUUCUGUAAAUAAAUAAACAUCUUUAUGCUUAUA